CCAUUCUAUUAAUCUUGGAAAGGUCAAGACUGAUCAUCUCUCUCCUCUUCCCCAACCUUCCGCAACCCAAACCGAUUCCCUCUCACCCUCGCCGUUGGCUGCCCCCAGCUUUGAAGACACUUUCCCUUUGAUCGCUUAGACUGAAAUUUUGUACAGGUUUGGAGGACCUUACUUGAUGAGGGAGAGAGAGACAGACGGAGAGGCCGAGGGGGACGCCUUCGCUGUUCGUAGUACUAUUUGGUGGCAACACUCAAUCUCUGUGUGGCAGAGACUCUGCCUAUAGACGAUAACUGGAUCCUGCGCUGCCACAACCAAUCCUGGUCAUCUCUCUCUCUCACCAUCUCCUAAUCAAUAAACCCUAAGUCCAGAAAGCCCAUCUCUCGAAUCAUCCCCUCUCUUUCUUCGUUGCAAAGGGUUGAAGGGUUCUUGCUUUCUGAAAGUAGUGUUUACGUGCUGCAAUUUUGUUUCGCAACUUUGUUCUUAUUAGCGCUGUUUCAGGGGGUUGUUGGACUUUAGUUGAAAAGGAGAGAGACAGAAAGAGUGAGACGGAGAGGCUGAGUGGCUUCGUAGUACAAUUCGGUGGCAACACUCAAUCACUUUGUGGCAGAGACGCUGCCUAUUAAAAGUAGGGUAUUGUCUUCAGAUGCUAAGUGAACAAAUCUGAUGGCAUUGCAAGAAAGUCUAGCUAGGUUCAAGCAGCAGCAGGAGAAGUGCCAAUCUACCCUCACCAGCAUCGCCCGAGCGGGAGCUUCAAAGACAACCCAUAGAGCUACACCUGCAAGUACAUCAUCACCAGCUCCAGCCAGAGCUCCUGUCACUCCUGUCAAAUUCUCAAAUGACACAGAGAGGCUUCAACAUAUCAACAGCAUACGGAAGGCUCCUGUUGGUGCUCAGAUUAAGCGUGUUCUAGACAUACUUCUAGAGACACGGUUAGCGUAUACACCUGAGCAGAUCAAUGAAGCAUGUUAUGUUGAUGUAAAUGCCAACAAAGCUGUCUUUGACAGUUUGAGGAAUAACCCUAAAGUGCAUUAUGAUGGGAAGUGCUUCUCUUACAAGUCAAAGCAUGAUUUGAAGGACAAGAACCAAUUGCUUGUAUUGAUUCGGAAGUUUCCUGAGGGAAUUGCUAUUAUUGAUCUCAAGGAUGCAUAUCCAACUGUGAUGGAGGACUUGCAGGUAAAUUUAAAUUUGGCGACAUUUCUUUUAAAGCAUUUUUACAGUAUAGUAUAUCUGACUGCAUCCAUUCUUCUAUAUAUAUAUGUUUUUUUUUUUACAUUAAACAUAUAUAAAAUAGAAGCUGUUUAAAUGUAAUGGUUCUCU